AUGGCACGUCUUCUUCGUAUUAUUUUGGCGAUGGCCUUCAUCGUCUGGAUAUCACCUUGUUCAACCAUUGAUCCAAAAAUUGAAAAGGCAUGUGCUAGAAGGCCGCCAAAAUAUUGGAACGAAGAAAUAGAAGAUUAUCCGGAUUUCUAUUUUAGUACAAAUCAUGCUCGAAAAAAAUCAUUCUUUAAAAAACUUGCUUAUCCUAUAAAAGCGAUCGAUGCUCAUUUGGAUAAAGUUGUACUUCGAAAUAUGAUGCCAGAGCUAGAAGACCCUGAUGAGAUUCCUCACACGCGCUGGGGCCACUUCUGUCGAUUUGUCGGAGACAACCUAAUUUUUGCUAUAGCUAUACUGUUUAUAGUAGCUGGACUUCUUGUUAUAUAUUUAACUGAUUUGGAGAGGUUCAUUAAAAGUUUAGUUUUUUCUUGCGCAAUAUCGGUACCUAUUUUUUUAGCAUUAAUUGUCUUUAAAAAGGUAUUGAAGGUAAAUUACAUGUACAAAUUAGGGCUCGAGGAAUAUUAUUAA